AUGUCGAGACAACCCCGCCCCCAGGGAGCGUCUACGCAGCCCACCGCGACUCGGCAGAAUGAGUACUUCGUGCCGCGCGACGGCAUCGACCGUGAGGUCAUCUCUGCCGACAUUUGCCGCUACCUGGGCAACGAUGCCUUGAAUCCUGAAACCGGUCAGGUCGCUCAAGGAUACUACAUCACCGCAUAUAGAAACCUAACAAGCGCCAUGAUCGAUGAUUUGAGAGCUGACUCGGCGCGCUGGGACAGUGAAAGGCGUGCGCAAACUUCGCGCAAUGCCGCUGGAGGUAUCCAUACCUCGAGAGAUGCCACUGGCGUUCCUGCGAGACCCUCAUCUAACUCAACAGCAGUCCAAUACCGCCAAUCCGAGACUCACCAGUCUCGCCAACAUCUCGGGCCUACCGAGCCCCCUUCUUUUCAGCCCGAGUCAUAUCCACGUGAAUCCUAUGACGGACCAAGAUACCCUGGCACUGGCGCUCCUGGAUAUACUGGUGCUUCUAGCGCAUACCAGCAACAACCUCCACAACAGCCCUUUGGUGCCUCAAAUGGCGGUGGCUUCAAUACCGGCUUCCAGCAGCCUCAACAGUCGCCGCCUCUGGACCCGAGGUACACUACUGCCCAGCCCGGUUCAAUGAUGCGUCCGGGCUAUCAACCAAACCAGGAUGCUCCAUACAUUGGCACUGGUGCCAAUCUGCCCCAGUCGGGUUAUUCAGUCCCCAGCGAUCCUUAUUCCAGCCGGAUGGGAACUUCUGCAGCCGCUCCCCAGCAGCCAGUGUAUUCCACGGCACCACCGCCUCAACCUGGAUACCCAGUUCCCCAAUAUCAGUAUCAAGGCCAGGCUCCUCCCCCCACCGCUGGCGGCCACUCGUAUCAGGCUAUGCAACCCCAUGACCCAUUCUAUGGUCGAGGUGCGUCCAAGCAGAGAUCAUGCGAGCCAAGUUCGCCCAAAAGGCCCCGCGUCUAA